GGCGCGCUCUGGAGUGCGGUGACUCAGCCGGAAUUUUGGCACGGGAUGAGAUGGGGAUGGGGAGGUGGGGGAAAAGCGAUAGAAGAAGAAUCAAAAGAUACGAAGGCUGGCUUCUCUCCUCCCAGUUAGACCCGGUGACAGUGAUGCACCCCUGUGAUCUCCAGCACACAGAGAAGCCCUGGGAAGAGAAUCGGAAGUUCAAGGCCAGCCAGGACAACCUAGUGAGACCCUGUCUCAAAUAAAAUAAGAAAAGGUCAAAUAGUACAAAAACCAAAACAAAACCAUUAACUGAAGUUCGGGAAACACUUCUUUGAAUCCAUUCCAUCAUUUUGCACAUCAAGGAACAAAGGUUUGGAGAAGAUAAGAAGCUAAGCGAGGACAUUGUUCCCAGGCAAGCCUGCGCAGCCUCGGACUGUCUGGCUUGAAACAAGAAGAUAUUGACGACAGGAGAAAGAGCUGCAGGGGAGCCCGAAUCCAGUGAAACGCGGACCUGACCUUUCCCGGCUCAUGGCCCCAGAGCUCUCAGCCCUCCCUCACGCUGCGUUCCAGGACAGGCAUGGCCCUGCUCUUUGUACUAGGUUGCGUCUUCUUCCCAGUAUUCUUCGCUGUCCUCCGUUGGGGCCUGCAGAACUACACCAAACUGCAGAUGGAGGCAAGAGAGGCUGUUUUGGUGGCAUCCAAGUAAGAAGACCAGGGUUAGUGUCCUCCGUCCAAGCCAUCAUGGCCUCCACAGCUGGCUACAUCGUCUCCACCUCCUGCAAGCACAUCAUCGAUGACCAACACUGGCUCUCCUCCGCCUACACGCAAUUUGCAGUGCCCUACUUCAUCUACGACAUCUACGCCAUGUUCCUCUGCCACUGGCACAAGCACCAGGUCAAAGGGCAUGGAGGGGACGACGACGGGAGACGCGGAGCACGGGGCAGCACCUGGGCCGUGGUGCGCGGCUACCUGCACAAGGAGUUCCUCAUGGUGCUCCACCAUGCUGUCAUGGUGCUGGUGUGCUUCCCCGUCUCUGUGGUGUGGCGACAGGGGAAGGGAGAUUUCUUUCUAGGCUGCAUGUUGAUGGCAGAGGUCAGCACCCCCUUCGUCUGCCUUGGCAAGAUCCUCAUCCAGUACAAGCAGCAGCACACGCUGCUGCACAAGGUGAAUGGGGCCCUGAUGCUGCUCAGCUUCCUGUGCUGCCGGGUGCUGCUCUUCCCCUACCUGUACUGGGCCUACGGGCGCCACGCCGGGCUGCCUCUGCUGGCCGUGCCCCUGGCCAUCCCGGCCCACGUCAAUCUGGGCGCCGCGCUGCUGCUCGCCCCCCAGCUCUACUGGUUCUUCCUCAUCUGCCGCGGGGCUUGCCGCCUCUUCCGGCCCCGAGGCUCCCCGCCACCUUCUCCCUGUCAGACCCAGGAUUGAGGGUGGGGCCUGGGGACCCUCCCCACCUGCACCCCCACACAGGGACAGGGCUCUGGGGCCAGUGGGUGGGGGUUGGGAGCCAGGGGCCCCUUGCCUUGACAGCCCCAGGACUGACCGAUGGACUCAGAGGGGGAGGGGCAUCUUCCCUCAGGGGCUAAGAACAGGAGCAGGUGACCAUAAGGCAGGGAGAGAGGGGACCUCUCUCAGGAGCCAGGCUGAGCCCCUUCGCACCCCCUGCGCUGGGACAGCCAGGAAAGGGGAAGGGAGCGCACUUCCCACCUGCCAAGGGCUGGGGGGCCUGUGGGGAGACAGGGACUCAAGGGGACCAGGAGUCAAGGACAUGGGGGUGGCCUGCUGCCAAGGACAUACAUCCCAGCCCCUCUGCUGCAAACCCCUCUCUGCUCCCGGGUCACCUGGGAGAGAGGGGACACCCUGACUCACCCCGCGGGCCUCCUGAGGGCUGGCUGCUGCCUCACAGCUCCUCUCCAGGGAGGCCGGCCUGAGGGAUUUUAUUUAUUUUAUUUAUUCGCCCAAAUUCAAACUGAUUUGCUGGGGUGGGGGAGGGAGGUGGCUGCUACCCCCACCCCCAGCCUUCCCAGUGCUGAGCAACCCCGGGGGGCCGGUGAAGGGCACCCAGCCCCUUCCCAUCAGGCUGCACAUCUUGCCCUCCGGCCCUGGCAUGUCCCUGGUGCUACAGACCUCUCAAGGCUUCCUCCAAUCUGGGGUCGGGGGACCCUGGGAGGUGCUUUACAGACCGCUAAUAAAGACGAUCUGCGUCUGCGUGAACGCCA